AUGUCGUCUUCCUCGUCCUCUGCCCCACUCACUCAGUACGACAAGGGCAUGCUCAAGACCAUGAUGAAAACGCAGAUCGACCAGGCCAUCACCCAAACCUAUCAGCUCGAGAUGCAGGCGUUGGCUGUCAUCGCCAAGUUAGACGUCCGGAACGAGUCUCUUCAAGCUGCGGAGGAGGCAGAGAUGCAUGCUCAGAGCAUGAGGAAGCACUGGUUGACUGUCCGCUCGCAGCUCGACCAAGAGCCUUCCAAGUGA